AUGAAUUGGGCAAAUGAUAGUGCGAUAUGCUGCGAAAACGAAAUCAGCAGAGUAUUCAAAUAUCAAGAGAGACCAACAAGCCUCGUACGAGUACUUUCAGACGGAAGUGAGCCUCUAAUAUGGACAAUGAAAGAUGUUACGGAUUGGAACAAUUGGUUUGAGAAGCAGCACCCAAAGCUUGAUGGAUUAGACUCGGGCCUUGUUCUAAUUUUAUCAAGAAGAAUCGGCGAGCCCGUUCUCGAUCCUGUAGAGAAGAUUGAAUCGAAAGAAUGGAUCAAGGCCAUCCGAAAAGCAACGAUGCAUAACAAAACUGUUUUUGACAAGAAUCUACGCGGGACUGGCGGUCAGCGUAACCUACGUACAUUGCCAUUUUCCGAACAGCGCUUCCAGGAUAUUGCAAAGAAGUUCUACAUACAUGACUCGAUCAACCGGGUCGUAAGUCGAGCAAAUGUUUCUCAGUUCUCGGCCGUCAAGCUAGAAAUGGCCAGGCAUGAUGGUCAUGAACUACUCGCACACGUGUACAGCGCACGAACUUCCAAUGCUUGGGACGGCGAUCUUGCAGUAUCGGCUACGUACUUUCCGCAUUGUAGGCUCACAUUUGCAGUCAUGUUUGGAUGUCCUCUGUCCGUCGAAGCAGAGGUAUUGACACGGCUUGAAGCAGCCACCUACGAGAUAUGCCAUCCACUAUUAGUUCCUAGCAUGCUGGUGGAGAUUGAGAGGCGGCGCCAUCUACCAAUAAUAGACGACACGCUUGAUCAAAUUGAAGCCCGAUUCUUGGAGCUGGAUGAUCCCGAGUCUCUGCAGCACAUAACGGAGGCAGAGAAGCUGGCUCGCAAGGAAGAGAAGAGAUCAGCUUGGUUAAAUAUGCUGUAUCUCCGCAAUCAAUUGAUGAGCUGGAACACGUGCUUGGAAGCCCUGUACGAACAUGCGGAUCGCCUCAAUCGGACAACAUUUCGAGAUGACGUUAUUUCGUCUCAAUUUAAAACUCGAUCCUCUGAAGAGUUCACUGUUCAAGGAGAGAGUUCUUCAGACUCUAGUGCAGACUGGAUCGCCCCGACUGGCGAGUUAUCUCUGGUAAACAAACAACAAGAUCAGGAGACUAACAAAGUCUAUAUAGAUGCCAUCUCUCCAGAGCUUCGGUUUGAUAAAAGUCAGAAUCUGCAGUCAAUAAGAAGUUCUAAGGGUUAUAUGAGACGAACCGGUGCUAAAAUGAAAGCGAGGCUCCAGGAGGUUAUCAAGGACUAUAACGAAAAGAUUCGAGAGUGCACGGCUGGUUUUGAAGGUAUGGCUAUGACGACGCAAUGGGUAAGUCAUGACUUGGACUUCUUCGUCUGUCCCGAAACCUUUGUUAAUAGCAUGGAGACUCAAGGUGAAACAAACGUCGAGAUAGCAUUGGCAACCAGUCAGGACUCGCGCCACAUGAAAUCCAUUGCUCUGGUUACCAUGAUAUUUCUGCCCGGGACAUUCUUCGCGAGCAUGUUCUCAAUGGGCUUUUUUGAGUGGGAAUCCGAUGAUGGUACUGUAUCCGUGUUUCCAUCGUUUUGGGUUUACGUGGUCCUUGCUGCUAGCUUUACUGCUCUUACAGUUGGGGCAUGGUGGAAGACAACUAUUGAGUCCGAAGCCGUUGAACGGCAUACUGCGCCAGACCGCGAGGGCUUUGAAAGUCAAAGUGGCCAAAAGGGCACUUCCCCCAUAGCUCCAAAACAGAAGCUGGCGAGAUAUGAUCUUGAACUGUCCUAA